ACAUGAAGCUUGAGAUCUGAACCUGCUAUGACUGACCCAGACGUCCUCACUGAGGUCCCAGCAGCUCUCAAACGCCUUGCCAAAUACGUAGUGCGUGGCUUUUAUGGCAUUGAACAUGCUUUGGCUCUGGACAUUCUCAUCAGGAACCCCUGUGUGAAGGAAGAGGACAUGUUAGAGCUCCUUAAGUUUGAUAGGAAGCAGUUGCGGGCUGUCCUCAACACCCUGAAGGGUGACAAGUUCAUCAAAUGCAGGAUGAGGGUAGAGACGGCUCCAGAUGGCAAAACCACCCGUCAUAACUACUACUUCAUCAACUACCGCCUUCUGGUUAAUGUGGUGAAGUACAAGCUGGACCACAUGAGGAGGAGGAUUGAGACAGAUGAAAGAGACUCCACCAACCGCGCCUCUUUUAAAUGCCCCAUUUGCUUCAGCACUUUCACAGACUUGGAGGCCAACCAGCUGUUUGACCCCAGGACAGGAACUUUCCGCUGUACUUUCUGCGAGACUGAAGUGGAAGAAGAUGAGUCGGCAAUGCCCAAAAAGGAUGCAAGGACACUCGUGGCAAGAUUUAAUGAGCAGAUUGAGCCCAUCUAUGCGCUGCUUCGUGAGACGGAAGACGUUAACUUAGCCUAUGAAAUCCUCGAGCCAGAACCCACAGAGAUUCCUGCGCUGAAGCAGAGCAAGGAACGUGCAGCUGGUACUGGUUCAGGGACAGCAGCUGGCCUUGCAGGUGGACACCAUCGGGAAGCAUGGACUACAAAAGGACCAUCAUAUGAGGACUUGUAUACCCAGAACGUUGUCAUCAGCAUGGAGGACCAGGAAGAUCUUAACCGGUCUGCAAGUGAAGGAAAGCCAGCCAGAGAGAGACCAAUUUGGCUACGGGAGAGCACGGUGCAGGGGGCUUAUGACCCUGAUGAAAUCAAAGAUG